CGGUUGGUAGGUUCUGUGUUCGAACCUCCGUGCCACCAUUUUAAUAUUUUGUUAGACUUUGUAUAUUUUAGUUUUCCUACUUUUUAGUUUAUCAUAAAAGGUAAAAGGUUAUACCUUUCCCAAAAAUCAAACAACAGACACACACAGCAACUAAAACCCUUAUCCCCAAAACCAAAUUUCAAUCUUCAUCAGUUCUUCUCCUAUUCUUUCCAAUUUCAUUUUUUAUUUUCAUUAUCAUCGUUCACUAAUCUCAGAACACAGUUGUCAUCUUUUGUUAAUUGGUAUACAUAGCUGUUUCAUCUGGGGGAUUUAACUGGAAGAAGAAAAAGGAUGGGAAAACUGUAAAAGAAGCUCAUGAACACUUAAAAGUGAGGAAUUGUCUUAAAUCUUGUGAAUCGGAUGGAUAAGUUUGUCACCAGGUUAAAACGCGGACAACCAAGCUCUAGUUCUACUAUUCCACCUGCUACUUCAUCCAUACCUUCGGAAGUUCAGAGGGAUACAAAUCCUUCAAAUAUCAAUUUCAAUUAUUUGAAAGCAGACCCGGCAAACAGAAGGCCUGUUGCAGAAUAUGACCCUAAUAUACGUGAUGAAGUUAGAAGAUAUUAUAUUCAAAAAGGACCUUGUCAGCCUAUGAAUCAUUAUUUUCCUAAAACUCAGUUUGGGAAGAAAAAGAAAACAAUGCGUCAGUUUCAUCCUGGUUGGUUCAAAGGUCGACAUUCCAAGUGGUUAGAGUACAGUAUAUCAAAAGAUGCUGCUUAUUGUUUGUGUUGCUAUUUGUUUAAAAAUGAGCAUGAUGUUCGUGGAAAUAUGGGAGAUGCUUUUACGAAAAAGGGUUAUAAGGGUUGGAACAAGGCUAAGGAAAGAUUCAAAACUCAUAUUGGAGAGGUAAAUAGCAUCCACAACAAGUGUUUCAACAUGAUGAUUGAUAUGAUAAAUCAAUCACAAUCAAUUCGCACUUCUUUUGACAAGCGUAAGGAGAAAGACAAAAAUGAAUCUCGACAUCGCUUGGGUGCUUCAAUUGAUGUGGCAAGGUUUCUCUUAAGAUUAGGAUUGCCGUUUCGUGGUCAUGAUGAGAGCAUAUCAUCUACAAAUAGAGGUAUAUUUCUUGAACUUUUGCAAUGGUAUGGAGCCAUGAAUCAGGAAGUUGGAAGCAUUAUAUUACAAAAUGCUCCAAAAAAUGAAAUGAUGUGUUGUCCAAAAAUUCAAAAAGAUAUUGUUGAUGCUUGUGCAAACGAAACAAUCAAAGCUAUUAUUGAAGACCUGGAUGGUGAUUAUUUCGGAAUACUGGUUGAUGAAUCGAAGGAUAUAUCACACAAGGAGCAAAUGGCACUUGUUCUACGAUAUGUUGACAAAAAAGGUGAAGUGAUAGAGCGAUUUGUUGGUAUUGUCCAUGUUAAUGAUACAUCUGCACGAUCAAUGAAGGAAACAAUCUAUUCUUUUCUUUCGGAUCACUCAUUAAGUCCAUCCCAAAUACGUGGACAAGGUUAUGAUGGUGCUAGUAACAUGCAAGGAGAACUAAAUGGUCUUAAAAGUUUAAUUUUGCGUGAUACUCCAUCUGCAUAUUCCACCCAUUGUUUUGCUCACCAAUUGCAGUUGACACUUAUGGCUCUUGCGAAGAAAAAUAUAGAUGUGGAUGAUUUUUUUUGUAUAGUUACUAAUGUAUUGAAUAUUGUUGGAGCAUCUUAUAAGCGCAGGGAUUUGCUCAGACAACAUCAAGCUGCAAAGUUAGAAGAGUUGCUCAUUUCUGGUGAAGUGCACACAGGACGGGGACUAAAUCAAGAACGUGGGCUUCAACGACCAGUUCUGAAGAAGACAAAUUAUUUGAACUGCUCAUUACAGAAGAUGGAUCAAGAUAUUGUCAAUGCUAUGGGGCUGCUCAAUACUGCAAAGCAAGAAUUGCAAAUGAUGAGGGAUAGGGGAUGGAAAUCAUUACUCGAUGAUGCCUUUUCUUUUUGUAAUAACCAUGAGAUAUUUAUUCCGAAGAUGGAUGCUAACUACAUUCCUGGGAAGUCGAAACGUAGAGCUCUUGAUGUUACAUAUUCUCAUCAUUUUCGUGUUGGAAUUUUUUAUCCUGUUAUUGAUUUGCUGCUUCAGGAGCUUAAUAAUCGUUUCGACACUGUUAGUACUGAUUUACUUCUUGGUAUGGCUUGUUUACAUCCAGCUAAGUCAUUUGGUAAUUUUGAUAAGAAAAAGGUAAUGAGGUUGGCUGAAUAUUAUCCGAAUGAGUUUGAUAGCAACAAGCUUCGAGAUCUCAGUUGCCAACUUGAUAAUUUCAUAGUGUAUGUUCGAGGUUCUGAUAAGAGAUUUUUCAAUAUGAAGGGUAUUACUGAUCUUGCUAAAGUACUAGUUCAAUCAGAAUUGCAUCAGACCUGGCCACUUGUUUAUUUGCUUAUCAAGUUGACUCUUAUUCUUCCAGUUGCUACUGCUUCUGUGGAACGAGCUUUCUCAUCGAUGAAGUACAUCAAAAAUGAACUCCGCAGCAGUAUGAGUGAUGAAUUUUUAAAUGGUUGUUUAGUCUGCUAUGUAGAGCGUGGGAUAUUUGCAACUAUAAGUAAUGAUGCUAUUAUUCAUCAUUUUCAGAAAAUGAAAAGUCGUCGAGCGCAGUUGUGAUUUGUGACUGCAGGUCUUUUUUUUGGAUCAGACUUGAGACUAAGUCUUUUUUUUUUUGGGAUCGGACUUGUGACUUCUGACUAGAAGUCUUUUUUAUCAGACUUGAGACUAAGUCUUUUUUUUUUUUUUUGGAUCGGACUUGUGACUACUGACUAGAAGUCUUUCUUUUGUAUGAAACUUGUGAUUAAAAGCCUCUUUUGGUAAUGAUAAUAUUAGUUGCAGUUUUCUUUAGUGUUGCAUUCAAAUAGUUGUGCAUUUAUAUUAUGUCAUCGUUA